AACGUUAUUUUCGCCCUCUGGCGAAAACAUCGGAGAAAGAAAAAGUUAACAGGAAAAGUUUUGUACGAGUAUGCUGAUAAUCCAUUUUAUCAUUAUUUAAGCGAUAUUGCAUGAUUUUAUUUACGAAUAUUUUAGCCGGUGUUUAUCGUACAUUUUAUUUAUAAAUUGACAAGAAAUCGACGUAAAAUGCCAACUAAAAUCGUGUGCAUCCCAGACGAUGUGUUAGUGUGGCAAGUGGCAGCUAUACUUAACUCUAUUGUAAAUUGAAUUAGUGGUGAUGGUCGAGGACGGAAGUUAAAAGUUUUAAAAAUCUCGUCGCUCGCAUCAUAAUUGAACUUUAAAAAAGUUCGUCAUGCCAUUUAAAAGAGCCAAAAAAUCUGGAAAAGUUAUCCAUGUACGUGUUUCCACUAUGGAUGCUGAUCUGGAAUUCGAUUUGGAUUUUAAAGCUACAGGUAGAGAAUUAUUUGAUUUAAUAUGCAGAACAAUUGGUUUAAGAGAAGUAUGGUAUUUUGGAUUACAAUACAUAGACUCUAAAGGUUUUGUUGCUUGGUUAAAGUUAGAUAAAAAGGUUCAAGAUCAAGAUAUACCAAAAAAGUCACCUUUACCUGUUCUACUUUUAGCAAAAUUUUUUCCAGAAGAUGUAGCUGAAGAAUUAGUACAAGAAAUCACUCAACAUUUAUUCUUUCUUCAGAUAAAACAAUCAAUUUUAAAUAUGGACAUAUAUUGUGCACCUGAAGCAUCUGUACUAUUGGCAUCCUAUGCAGUACAGGCAAAGCGGUAUCACAGUUCGUGGAACGUAGCGCAAGGUCGACUGGUCGUCUCGGCAGCUAGUCCAGAAGUAGUUCAUCGGCUAACGCUCCGGGCAAAUUACCGCUCUACAGAAAAUGUUGACUAUUUAGUUCGCGAUAGAAAGGAUGAAGCUGAGAUGGAAUAUUUAAAGAUAGCACAAGAUUUAGAUAUGUAUGGAGUAAAUUAUUUUCCAAUCCACAAUAAAAAAGAUAGUGAAUUAUGGUUAGGAGUCACUGCAUUAGGAUUGAAUAUUUAUGAAAAAAAUAACAAAUUAGCACCAAAAAUUAAUUUUCCUUGGAGUGAGAUUAGGAAUAUAUCAUUUGAUGAUAAAAAACUUAAUAAAUUUAUUAUUAUAAACAGCAGUAUUAAAAUAUAUUACCAAUAUACUUAUUUUUACUUGAAAAUUCAGAUUCUUGAUCUUUGUAUUGGAAAUCAUGAUUUGUUUAUGAGAAGAAGAAAACCAGAUUCUAUGGAAGUCCAACAGAUGAAGGCACAAGCUAAAGAGGAAAAAUUGAGAAGACAAGUUGAAAGAAACAAAUUGGCUCGAGAAAAACAAUUAAGAGAAGAAGUGCAAAGAGAGAAAGCUGAAUUAGAACAAAGGUUGAUGCAGUAUCAGGAAGAAGCUAGACUGGCACAAGAAGCUUUAAGAAGGUCAGAAGAAACAGCUGAAUUAUUGGCUGAGAAAUCUCGUUUUGCAGAAGAGGAAGCUAUGUUACUAAAACAGAAAGCUGCUGAAGCUGAAGCAGAAAUACAAAGAAUUAAAAUAAGUGCAAUUAAGACAGAAGAAGAAAAAAUAAUGAUGGAACGCAAAGCACAAGAAGCAGAAUUGUUAGCAACACAAAUGGUUGAAGAAUCUGAAAGAAGAUCAAUUAUGAUAAAUGCAUUUUUGGCAAUCCAUGAAUACUUUACAUCAUUAGAAAGAAGACAAAAUGCAGAAAUUAAACAUACUUUUGCCAAUAAUGCAAUUUCUCCUGACGUUCUGGAUCAUUUGCCGAGGCAGAUUGGCGACCUGAGACUGGACGGGGAUCUUGGCCUCGGCUGCGACACAGUGACGUGUGAUCUGAUCAUGGACGGUCACAUGGAACAGUUGUCUCUCGAAAUCGAGAAAGAAAGAGUGGAAUAUUUAGAAAAAAGUAAACAUUUGCAAGAACAGUUGAGAGAGUUAAAAUCGGAAAUAGAAGUACUAAAAGUCGAAGAGAACUUAACACCGAUGGACAGGAUAUAUGAAGAGAAUGUAAUCAGAGGAGAAAGCAAAUAUUCUACGCUUCGAAAGACCAAGUCGGGAUCCACAAAAGCCAGAGUCGCAUUUUUUGAAGAAUUGUGACAAAACUCCACAGUCGGCGUAUGCCAGAUUCAUCACCAGUUCCGAAAAGGUCACGUUUUACUCUUGUCACGAACCCAAAUUUACGUAUCGAUUCAAUUCCAAAGUAGUAGGCUGGAUUCCACUACUA